GCACGAGCAAGAGCGAUCGGCCGGCUCACUCACUCAGCCUUCGUACUCGUAAAACCCCCCCUCCCUUCAACCUCGACAGGGCGCAACAGCUUCCCACCAAAACAUCGCCUAGGACAACGACCCGACACCCGUUUCAGCACCAAACACACUUCCAUCACAGCUCCUACAAUGUCGUCCACGACGGCGAGGAAGCCCGCACCGCCAGGCACGCCCGCCCGCGAUCCUGCCAGCAAGACGUCGUCCUCCCCCGGCGCCGCCAGCCGCACUCCAGCGCGUUCAUCCACCCCGACUGCCAACGGCGCCAACGGCGCCAACGGCGUGGCGAGAAACCGAUCCGUCAGGUCUUCUGUGAACGGCACCCCCGUCUCCGCCCGCUCUGCCGUCAAACGGCCACACGGUCCAUCCUCCAGUCUCAGCAUGAGUUCAUCGCGGGCCGAUAGCCCAGAGAACGACGCCGCUCGCGAAGAGGCCGCCGCAUACAUGGCCGACCUCAAGGAGCGCCUGCAGAAGGCCGAGGUAGAGGUCGACGAGCGCAAGAAGCAGAUCGAGGUCCUCACUGCCCGCCUCGACGACUCUCUCCUGGAGCAGUCCAAGUUGGAGGAGCGCGCGCACGAGGAGGAGGAAAAGGUCGAGGCGCUCGAUAACGAGAAGCGCGAGCUGACCCGUCAGCAGCGAGAGCUCGAGAGCAUCUACGAAGCCGAGCGCGCGCAGACCAUGAAAGAGAAGGAGGAGGCUCAGACCAAGGAGGAGGAGCUUCAGGAGACUAUUCAGCGGCUAAAGGAGGCUAUGGCGACCAAGAAUAUCCAGCUGAACAGUGAUAGCGACGAGCCCGGCCGCCUCUCGCGAACUUCAAGCUUCCGUAACAACCCCUCGCGCAACAGCUCGUCACAGAAUCUCGAGACCACCAGCUCAUUUGCGCCGCCCUCGUCGGUUCAACGCAGCGACUCGCGCAACCAGUCCAAACUCAUCCACCAAAAGGACAAGAUUAUCGAAGAUUUGCGCCUCGAGAUGGCUGAAGUUCAGAUCAAGCUGAUGGAAGCUGAGAACGUCGGCGGCGGACGUAUGCAAGAUCUGGAGAAGCAGCUCCUGGAGACACGCAUGACCAAUGCUAGACUCAUGGAAGACAACGAGAGCUUCCAGCUCUUGCUUGGUGAGAAGACGCUCAACGGAGAUCUCAGCCGCGGCGAGUUUCUGCGUCCGUCCUCCUCGCACGAAGAGCGCGCCCCGUCCCGCAACGGCCCUAUGACCAGUCUCGCCGACGAACUCGACUCUGCCGAAGGCGCCGAGGGAGAGAUCAUUCGCAAGCUCGAAACUGAAAUUAACAAUCUCAAGGGCGAGAACAAAGCACUAACUCUCUACAUCAACAAAAUCAUCGGCCGUCUGCUCACGCACCAGGGCUUCGAGUCUGUGCUCGGCGACGACCAUGCUCCGCCAGCAGCCGACAUCAACAAGGACCUGCCUCCUCCACCCCCACCAAAGGAGAACGAGCAACCGCAGGGUUUCUUGCAGCGCGCCAAAUCCGUCGUUGGCGGUGGUCGCAACAAGCCGCGUCCUAUGAGCUACGCGGCUCCCGCACCCUCGCAGACUCUCCACGAAGAUCCCAACCUCGCACCCAGCAUCCCCCUGCAGCGUUCGCAGACCGGCCAGACAUCAAGGAGCAGCAGCUACCAGCAACACAGGCACUCGACAUCCGAUGCCACGCAGGUCGGCGGCGCCGCCAACGUCAUUACAAACAUGUUCCGGAUUCCCCCGCCCUCCGUAAGCCCGGGUCAGACCUCGCCAGGCAUCGUGUCCCCGCGCAACUCGUUCUUCGGGCUCCCCAUCAACGGUGCCAACGGCGCUGGCAACAGCAACCCCUCAUCGCGCGUGCCUUCCUCUGGCGGCGCGAUCCGAGAGGAAAAGGACGAAAAGGACGACGCCAAGUCCACGCUCUCAUCAGAGACGAGCCACGUCGAUACGCCCAGCCCACCGCGCGCCAAGGAGACGAGCACUAUGACCGGCAAGCAGAUGCGCCCGCUCCGCCUGGUGCAGAACGAGGAGGCCGCCAUGCGCGAGCGCAAAGCCGCGAACCGCGCUUCAUGGUUCGGAGGACUGUUCGGCGGAGGCGAUCAGCAACAGCAGCAGGGCCAGCAACAGCAGCAGCAGAAGAUACCCGAGGCCUCGUAA